ACUUCAACCGAAUUCCCAGAGAGUAAAACUAGUAAAGUACCAGUAGAUUCGCCGUCACGCAGGUAAAAACAAUUGGACAAAAUUGAAUUCUUAUUUAGUCAGUAACUUUUCUUGGCUGCUGCUGACAACUAUCAUUUUGCCAUUUGAAAAAUUCUCACCAUACUAUCAAAUUCUUUCUCAUCAGAGUACUUCUAAACUUUUCAAAUCUCUCUCUGUCCCCGGCGUCUUCUCCGCGGUCGUCACGCGUCAAUUGGAGUAAAAACCCUAGCAUUUCAACACAUAAUCGCACCUUUUUACUUUCCUUUGACUCAGAUCUUCACUUAUUCUUUCCUCGAAUCUAAGGUUUUCUCCUUUGAACAUCGAUCUGUUAAGAUCGGUGACGAUCGCGUUGCCUGUUUUCUAUUGUUCAAUCUGAGCCGUUGAAUUUUGGGUUGUUCAAUUUGAACUGUCGAUUUAGUUUGUGAACAAAGCAGACAGUGAAAAUGGAGGCAAUCGAGGAACUGGCGCAGCUAUCAGAUUCCAUGAAGCAAGCUACGUCUUUGCUUGCCGAUGAAGAUGUUGAUGAAACGUCCUCGUCGUCUUCGAAACGGCCGUCCACUUUUCUCAAUGUGGUUGCUAUCGGCGGCACUGGUGCAGGUAAAUCAGCUGUUCUGAACAGUCUAAUUGGCCAUCCUGCUUUGCCAACAGGUGAAGGCGGUGCUACUCGUGCCCCCAUAUGCAUUGAUCUAAAACGAGAUAGUUCAUUGAGCAGUAAAUCGAUCAUUUUGCAGAUUGACAGUAAAUCACAGCCAGUGUCUGCAAGUGCUCUUCGACAUUCUUUACAGGAUAGAUUGAGCAAAAUUUCAAGCAAGAGUCGUGAUGAAAUAUAUUUGAAGCUACGAACAAGCACAGCUCCACCAUUGAAGCUGGUUGAUUUGCCUGGUGUUGACAAGGCAAAUCUUGAUGAUUCAUUGACUCAAUAUAUGGAGCACAACGAUGCCAUAUUGCUGGUCGUAAUUUCUGCUGCUCAGGCACCUGAAGUUGCUUCAUGUAAAGCUAUCAGAAUUGCGAAGGAGUAUGAUAGUGAAUGUACUAGAACUGUCGGUGUUAUUAGCAAGAUAGAUCAAGCAGCUUCAGAGCCGAAAGUGCUUGCGGCUGUUCAAGCCCUUUUGUCAAAUCAAGGACCACGAAGUACAGCUGAUAUCCCCUGGGUUGCCUUGAUUGGUCAGUCUGUUUCCAUAGCUUCUGCCCAGUCUGGAAGUGUUGGAUCUGAAAACUCAUUGGAGACCGCAUGGCGAGCUGAGUGUGAAAGUUUAAAGUCAAUAUUGACUGGAGCUCCUCAAAGUAAGCUUGGUAGGUUAGCUUUGGUCGAGACCCUUGCUCACCAGAUACGCACUAGAAUGAAAGUCAGACUUCCAAAUCUGCUUUCCGGGCUUCACGGGAAGUCUCAAGUUGUACAAGAUGAAUUGGUUAGGCUUGGGGAGCAAAUGGUUCAUAGUGCUGAAGGUACCAAAGCCUUGGCACUUGAGCUUUGCCGUGAAUUUGAGGAUAAGUUUCUGCAGCAUAUCACUGGCGGCGAGGGUGAUGGAUGGAAAGUGGUUGCAAGUUUCGAGGGUAACUUCCCGAAUAGGAUAAAGCAGCUCCCCUUAGAUAGACACUUUGACAUAAAUAAUGUCAAGCGGAUUGUGUUAGAAGCUGAUGGUUAUCAACCCUACCUGAUUUCUCCUGAGAAAGGGUUGAGAUCUAUGAUAAAAGGUGUUCUGGAGCAGGCAAAAGAACCUUCACGUCUUUGUGUUGAUGAGGUGCAUCGUGUACUUGUUGAUAUUGUCUCCUCUGCUGCAAAUGCCACGCCUGGUCUUGGACGAUAUCCUCCUUUCAAGAGAGAGGUUAUAGCAAUUGCUUCUGAUGCAUUGGAUGGAUUUAAAACUGAUGCCAAGAAAAUGGUAGUUGCCCUUGUUGACAUGGAGCGAGCUUUUGUCCCCCCUCAACACUUUAUCCGCUUGGUGCAGAGGAGAAUGGACAGACAGAGACGUGAGGAUGAGCUAAAAAAUCGGGGUUCUAAGAAGGCACAUGAAGCAGAACAAUCAAUAUUGAAUAGGGCAACUAGUCCUCAAACUGGAAGCCAGCAAGGUGGAGGAAACUUGAAAUCUAUGAAAGAGAAACCCAGCCAGCAGGACAAGGAUGCAUCAGAAGGCUCAGCUUUGAAGACUGCAGGGCCUGAAGGAGAGAUAACAGCAGGAUUCUUAUUGAAGAGAAGUGCCAAAACAAAUGGGUGGAGCAAGCGAUGGUUUGUUUUGAACGAGAAAACUGGAAAGCUUGGAUACACAAAGAAACAAGAAGAACGCCAUUUUCGUGGUGUCAUAACAUUGGAGGAAUGUAUUCUUGAAGAAGUUCCUGAUGAAGAAGAAGCUCCGGCGUCUACCAAAAGUUCCAAGGACAAAAAGGCAAAUGGGCCUGAUGUUGCAAAAGCACACAAUCUUGUAUUUAAGAUAACAAGUCGGGUUCCAUAUAAAACUGUUUUAAAGGCACACAGCGCUGUUGUCUUGAAGGCUGAGAGUGUGGCAGAUAAGACGGAGUGGUUAAAUAAAUUGCGAAUUGUCAUCAGCUCUAAAGGCGGUCAAGUAAAGGGGGAAUCUGUGCUGCCUAUCCGGCAAAGUCUUUCAGAUGGAUCUCUUGACACAAUGACUAGAAGACCGGUGGAUCCUGAAGAAGAACUUCGAUGGAUGGCUCAGGAAGUGCGUGGUUAUGUUGAAGCUGUUCUUAACAGCCUUGCAGCUAAUGUGCCAAAAGCAGUUGUUCUCUGCCAAGUAGAGAAGGCAAAAGAAGACAUGCUCACUAAAUUGUAUAGUUCUAUCAGCGCCCAAAGUACUGCAAAGAUUGAAGAGCUGCUCCAGGAGGACCAGAAUGUAAAACGCAGGAGAGAGCGCAUUCAAAAACAAUCUUCUCUUCUUUCUAAGCUUACUAGACAACUCAGUAUCCAUGACAAUAGAGCAGCAGCUGCUGCCAGCUACGCAAAUGGUGAGGCAGAAAGUAGUCCAACAGCAUCAGGUCCGUCGUCGGGUGAUGAUUGGAGGUCUGCAUUUGAUGCUGCUGCAAAUGGCCCUUCUAGUCUCUCAAGGUAUGGAUCUGCUGGUAGUAGUCGUCGCUACAAUGAGCCUACAGAAAAUGGUGAUACAAACUCACGCUUGAGUUCUGCUAGCCGUCGCACUCCUAACAGGUUGCCACCUGGCCCACCACAGUCUGGAUCCGGUUAUAGAUCUUAAAAUUAGGUAAUUUUGAGACGAUUGACCCAUAUAUUGUUUGGGGUGGUUUCUUCUUUUUCUUCUUCUUGCUUUUCCCAGUGAGCUCUUUUCAGUAUUGAGUAUGUUCUACUAAUAUUGUAGAAUUGGUAUACCGCAGCUUUGUAGAUAGAUUUUUUAAUUAAAUGUCACCCUCCCCGCAUUUUUGUCUCGGUUGCUAGACUUUGAAUUGUUCCAAGUGAUUCCAUUGUCAAAUUCCUUUAUCAGACAUUUCUUCUGUAAUUCAAAUGUAUUGGUCACUAGUGUGUAUUGUUCCCCUUAUAUAUAAAGUAUUUUGCUUC